GUCGAUGUCUUUAAUUGCUCCUGGGCUGUAUCAAUACCUACCCGGUUUUACUGCUCCAUCAUCACGAGCCACUGGGAGCGGGUUGCCCGGGAAACGGCCGCAUGGCAACAGGAUCAGAGCCUGGGGGUUGUCUGCUUCUAGCUCUGCUCCCAUUUCACAUUGCAUUUCCUCACUAGAUGGUGUUCAAGCCACUGGAGAGAACACUUCCCGCACACUGAGCUCUUCAUCCAGAAAGAAGAAGAAAAAAAAAUAAACCGGGGGAAACUAUAUACCAACGGAGCAUUCAUUCUUCAACGGGCUACUCGGCAGGAAAAGUGUGGGAAUAAACAAAUCAUCGUUUUUUUUUUUGCGUCAAGGGUUGUUUAGGGUUCUUUUUUCUAGCGAACCCGUGGCUUUUGACAACAAGAAGACUUAAUAAGGAGGGGGGGAAAGCGAAAUCUAUAAGUGUGAUGGACAUAAUGAUUGCGGUACGGGAUGCGUGUGUUUCUAGUCAGUGGUUUACUGCGAUCCUGCUCAGCCUGUGCUGCGUCCUGCCGUCCUGCCUGCCCGCGGGACAAACUGUGGACUAUUCCUCGGUGGAAAGUGUGGUCAGCAGACAAGGCGACACGGCUCUACUGAGGUGCUACCUGUUGGAUGGGAUCUCUAAAGGAGCCUGGCUGAACCGCUCAAGCAUCAUAUUUGCCGGAAAUGACAAGUGGUCUGUGGAUCCCCGAGUGUCCAUAGUGUCCAGUGUUGGAGACAAACACGAGUACAGCCUUCAGAUACAAAGAGUCGAUGUGAGUGACGACGGCCAGUACACAUGCUCGAUUCAGAGUGAGCGCGACCGAAGGCCGAAGCUCCUCAACCUCGUCGUUAAAGUUCCUCCCAAGAUAUAUGACAUUUCCUCUGACAUCACGGUAAACGAGGGCAGCAAUGUGUCGCUCAUCUGUGCAGCCAGUGGGAAACCUGAGCCAACCAUUUCCUGGAGACACAUAACCCCAUUAGGCAGGAAGUAUGACAGCGGCGAAUACCUUAACAUCACUGGCAUCACAAGGGACCAGGCUGGAGACUACGAAUGCAGCGCUUUAAAUGACAUUGCCUCUCCUGACACCAAAACAGCAAAAGUCACAGUGAAUUUUGCCCCGGCGAUCCAUGAGAUGAAAAGCCACGGCGUCGGUUUGGGACGCACAGCUCUGCUCCGGUGUGAGGCUGCUGCUGUGCCUUCUCCCACAUUCGAGUGGUACAAGGGUGAGAAAAGGAUAAUGAAUGGCCAAGGUAUCGACAUCAAGAGCCUCAGCUCCAGAUCAGUCCUCACUGUGACCAACAUGACAGAAGAUCGUUACGGGAACUACACAUGCGUCGCCACCAACAAGCUAGGGACGGCUAAUGCCAGUGUGCCUCUUAUUCCAAUUAUUGAACCCACCACCACCACUAGUGCUGUCUCCAGCCCAGAUGCAGACAUUCUAGAUGUCACGGCGCCCAACACUGCACCCUAUGGGAGCACAGGAAGUGCACACAUCCCGCUGGCCUGCCGAUACCUGGUCCUGGCUCUCUCCUCCUUCAUCAGCAUGUACUAGCGGAGGCCAGCGCAGACACAAUGACUGUCCAGAGCAUUUAUGAAUCCUUUUUGACGUUGCUGAUGGCUGGAAUCCAAUCUGGUACAUUUUGUUGGAAAGCUGAGGUGGGAAAAUAAUCAGCUUCAUAUUGUGUGGGGAAAUUGUUUUGUUUGUUUUUUUUCUUUGCUUUUCAGUGAAAUUUCUGUCAUGUAAAUACUAUGAUGGUUUUUUUUUUUCUUUAUUCUUAUUAUUUCCUCUUUCACAUGCUAUUUUUCUUUACUGAUUGAGCACCUAGUGAACCGGUACUCACCCCCCACACCACUUCCAGUCAUAUCAACAGCCGCCAUCCCUCCCAGAUGAGUUACUUUCAUGCCUCUCUUCCCUUUGAGACGGUGGCGCAAAAUUCCCAUCUGUCUUUGUACAAGGCUAAAAAGAAACAGUUGUGCCAAGUCUCACGAAUUACCAUACCAAUGUUGUCUUGAAUGUAUUAUGGGGUAUUGAACAAAGAAAUUUAGAUUCCAAACGAUACAAAUUUUGAUUAUGGAGUGUGUUCCAAAAAAAGAAAUAUUACAUAUGUAUAUAUAUAUAUAUAUAUAUAUAUAUAUAUAUAUAUAUAUAUAUAGACAAACAAAAAAAAGAUAGGGCUUUUUCAGAACCUGUGUUGUCAUGAUGACUCAGUAGAUGGAUGAACAGUUUUGAAGGUGUGCUUUGUCGUUUUCUGAAACCGGUCCUACAGUUACCAUACCUGCCUAACAGCUUCGAUCAGGCAGCCGUCAAAGUAGCAAAUUCUAUUGUAUUGUAUCUUUAUAUUUUAACGUAGUGUAGGGCCUCGUUUGACGGUGGGACCAGCAUUGCUCAUUCAGGCAAGAACAUGAACACAGAUAAUACGUAUAUGAUACAUCAUGAACGGAGGAACAUCGCUGCCGUUUUGUUUACAAUUCCUCUAAAAUAUCACAGUACAUUUUCCAUUCUUUUUAUGUGCAUAUGUGAAUAACAAAUGAACAAAAUCAAGUAUUUUAAGUUGACUUUUUUUUUCUUUCCCUUUUGGACUCUGCCACCUUCAGCAGCUGAGAAUCUACUGAUCAUCUCUGGCUGGAAAUUAACAUAUAUAUAUAUAUAUAUAUAUAUAUAUAUAUAUAUAUAUAUAUAUAUAUAUAUAUAUAUAUAUAUAUAUAUGAGAAAGAGAGAGUAUAGUUAUUGGCUUUAACCUUUGCUGUGAUAUUUCGAUAACUGAUUCUGAAAAGACAACAUUCUGCCAGAUCAUUUUAUUUCCUCUUUCCCUCUUUUUCUAAUUUAGAGAUGAAGAUCAUGAGCAUGUGAACCACCGCCGAUGCGGCAUAGGCUGCUAACAGUUCCUCCAAGAUGAACAAGUUUAGGAACGAGAUAAUCAGCAGCUAUUAGAGCUCAGAGCAAAUUGAGAUAGCUGAAGCAACUAUGACUUAAAAUAAAUCAUAUCAAGACUCAAAUUGAUGUAUCAAGACCAAUCAAUGUUACAAGGGUUUUCCUUCUUAGAAGAAACAGUCAGGGCACCAAUCAUCCUCAACUGUCCUCAUUUCAUGGUUGAAGCAGAGAUACUGCACUGCAAUGCCUUAAUAGAACCAUAGAUAUGACUUUCCCUUCCUUCAAAAAGGACACCCACAACAGGAAACAGCUCAUUCCUCCGACAUACCGCUGAUGGCUGAAUGUUCAUUAACCGUUCGCUGACUUGUCUUUCAAAUAAGGCAUUAUACCAGAAACCCGAAGGCUCUCACAGGUACUUUUCCAAUAUGUCAGUUGCGGCUGACACAAAUGCUCCGUGGUACAGGUGAACACAUUUGUGAGUCGUGUUUGGAUUUAGACUGUGUUAUAAUUUGCCCCUCGAUUAAGGGAAUAACUAUUCAAUUCACUGAGUGUUUUCCUACGUGAACCUGUGACUGCAAAUCUGCAAAACUAUAGCCAUCAGAGUUAAAAGACCUAAAGCACAAACACUGUCAUUAUUUUUGUGGUGAUUUCUUUUCUUUUUACUUUUCCUUUUUCAGGUUUUCUGAAACACUUUUUUUUUUUAAUUGUUUGGACUGAAAUUGUUCUCGGCUUGUUUUACAAAAUAUAAAAAUACUGCAUCAUAUGAUCUUGUUUAAAUGUUACGGUAUAUUGAAAAUGGGUCAGACAUAUAUUUCUUCUCUUCCUUUACAAAAACAAUGUAUAAACAAAACAUUUGAAACAUGUAAAACUGGAUAUGUGACAUUUAUUUGAAUGAGGCACAGUAUGGCAUAGCUUACAAUGUUGUCGGCUUCAUUUAGAUUCCAUUACUGUUGUUGAUUUAGGUGCGUUAAAAAGAACAAUGUUUGCAAUCAGAUUACCUACUUUUUGAAAAAGGAGAGGGUGUGAACCAAUAUAAACAGUAUUAUAGAACAUAAUCAAUGUGUGUAUAUUUGGAGAAAAUAGGUACAUUUUGAUCUGUAGAGCCAGUGUGUAGUCAUAGUUUUCACACACUUGCGUGUUUGAAGAUGUGCAGAGAGUGUGGUUGUGCUGCAUGUCAAAGUUAACCUGUGUUUUUAAGGUGGCCAUUUAACAGAUCUUCAGGCUUUUUAUGAAUGGAAGCAUUUUUUUUCCAAACAUUUGGUUCAUAAACCUGGUCUGAGAGUACGUACCUCCUAAAGAUCACCAGGCUGUGUUUGUAUGUGAUUUCUUUUCAAUUGACUUUGCUGAUGAACUAAAUCAACUGCUCCUCAGUUAUAAUUAAAAUGAUUGUUGUGGCACACUGGUGACAGUCUGGAGUUAUGCUGGUUGCUCGUCCAAGCACUGAAGACCAUGCUAGUAUUCCAUAUGAACUGUACUGGAUGUUGAUUAUUUUGAAUAUGGUAUUAACAAGUCCCUUUUCUCAAAUCAGUAUUAUUUGCAAUAAAAGUCUUCAUGUUACAAUAUAAACCCACAUCUGAGUUAAUGAGCACUCAAAGGGGUUUGUCAUUAUCAUGACAGCAAGAAGAGACAGUGAUGAGACAACAUCCUCCUCAAAACACUCCUGGAGGUCACUGUUCCCCAUGAGGGCAGAAUCAAAACUGCUAACAGGUUUUUUGCAUUUUUACUUUCUACUAAUCAGCAUUUCGCGUAAGUUUGCUAUUCCUUCUCUGUAACCCCAGUACACGUGCAUUACAUGGCAGAUUGGGUGACGCCAGCUGCUCGUGUGUCUUAACAUGAAAAUUAAGUCUGGUUGAUGUGGCUAGUUUAAAACUAGAAAUUUACAGAAAUAGAGAGAAUCAUUUAUGGUCAAGAAAUGUCUGCUUGCAAGAGAGCACCUGUUCAGGUUUUUCACAUCAUGACUGACACACAGAAAAGGCUGGUAAAGAGGCGGAGAGGGCUUGAUUGCAGCCUUAAGCAAGGGUUUGAAUCAUUUGAGUGAUGACUUGGUGCUUAACAGCUGCUCUUCGUCAAUCCAAAGCUGGCCUAGCGUUGCCUGGGCAGAGCUGCCAAUGUUUGACUUCUCUCCCUCCUCGCUUUUACCGCUGGUGUCUGAAAAUGGUCGUUCCCGUCAUGACUGAAUGCCACAACAAUCCCUGCGUUACCGACUGCAUGGAAAAGGUUACCAGUUGGACGCAUGUUGAGCAUUCGCUACUCACGCUGAGGGUCCUUUCAUGCCUGGCCAACAAUUAGAUAUUUUAACCAAGCUGCCCCGGUGUAACUGCAGUUCCCAAAUGAUCGUAAUGAAACAAAAAUGUGUGAGGGUUAAGCCAACACAGAAUCCAAAACUGGCAUACUUUUAUAAAAAGUACAGUUUUACAGCUGGCAGGGUGAAACGUGAAAUCGGCCGUGGCUUUAAAACCGUAUUACAUGGUGAAGGCACAAAAUGUGUUUAAUUCACGCCAGUACCGCAGAAAGCAAGAAACUCCCCCAUUCCCCCCCUCCGCCUUGGUUACCAUGGUGACAGGUCCCAGAGCAACAUCACCGUUUCUGUGAAAGAGCUGAGGAUUUAAAACAGACCUCAUUCACAAAAGAGCAAUUCAGUGUAAUCUUAUAAAGUAUAUAUACUGUAGGUUGCAAAACGCGCAUCACUAAGAGUAAUUACAUUAGUUAUGUCUCCAAAUGAUGUGUAUUAUUGUUUUGUAGUUCUCACUGGGUGAAUCGUGCAUAUCAUUGGUGGUCUAAAGCGCGUCUUGACCUGGGCGAGGCGGGUGCAGCUCGUUGGAUACGUGUGUGUGCAGUGCACUCAACUUAUCGAAUCAUUUUAAUAGUCCAGCAUCGUGCGUCUUUGAUCCCCGUCCCCCUGGCAUGGAGCGCUGUAUAAACCCCUCGCGAGCCCAGAUACCACAGGAUAUACCUUACAAUUAACUACACUGCACUGUAUCGUCUCUGAGAAAAUUCAUAGCUCUGUUAUAGUAACUACUAACGCCGUACCACAAUGCACUGGGCCGGAUCGGACUUUUCUCCAAAUAGUAACAGCAUGCUUUUAACAGCAUCCUGUGACCCGAAUAACACUCUUGACUUCAGCAUCCCCUGGUGUGACUUACCACAGGCUGGUGUGCGUUAAAGACAUGUAAAGACUGAAAAGAGGCCACUCCCCACCCCCACCAGCCCACCCCACCUGCAGGCAUCGCUGGAUCACCUCGUGCUCCCAGCUGACAGGUGACGGGGAAAAAUCUCCUCACUUUUUCAUUUAAGAUAAGAUGAUUUAAAAUAUUCAUGCUAGUGCGUAUCAUUACGGCCCCAUGAUCCCCCCACCCUGAAUUUUUAAACUUCCCAUUUCAAAGCUCUUCCCUUUGCCCCGAUGUAUCACUUUCUUCUGUGCGAGUGCAUUUCUUAUGAGCUUGGCUGUGUUGUAUUAUGACACAGCAGCUGUUUAAUCUCAGAGCGGAACAAGUACUGUACUGACUGUGCCUUUAAAGUACUUUAUCAAUCAGUGUAAAAUCAUUACCCAAACUUUAUUUGGAACAUCAUUGCCAUGCUGAAGCUUCUGUGUGCAGUCUUAGCUGUGACAAAAAUAUACAAACUAUCGCUCAGUUCACAGUUUUCAUUUCAUUUCAUUCAAUCAUACACUCUUUUACUCGUUUACUGACAUCAUAUACUAAUUAUGGGUACAUCUCUGAGGUGGGUUUAAUGAAACAUAAUGGCUCUCCUGCCAUAUUCACCCCCCAAAUCGUGUUUAAUAUGAACUGUAAAUUGUCAUUCUGAAUAAUUAACAGUUCAUCUCGAUUUAUCUUCCAGGGAAGCAGAAGUGGGGUUCAGAUUAACUGCUCUAUCCUCAGUUUGUUUUCGGUGGUCAAAGUCGCAUCUGCCUUCCUGAAACAAUCCUGCUCCUGAUGCUAUAUAAAAAUCUCAGCUUCAGCUCCAAAAACAUAACCGACUGGGCCUGCAGCGGCACUCGGCAACAGUGUCUGAGAGUUUUGUGAUCUGACCAUCAAUAUCUAGGUGUUUACAGGACGUCUCCUUGCAAAUGAGUCCACGUAAGAGUUGUGAUUUCCUGCAGCACAUUCUGCAGGUUGAACUAACACCGCGAGCACCGUGUCACAGUGUUGUUUGGCGCGUCUCAAAAGGUUUCUAUGGCCAGCAUGAACAGAGAGGAGACUGCAGGCAUUGUGAGAGAGGGAUUCCUCCUGACCUUGUGGUUAAUGAAACUCUUCCCGUGCCUUUGCCAAUUUUAACUGGGAGAUUGUGUCAUACUACACUGGGGCUGCUGCCGGGCACCUGCAGACACCAUUCAGCCUCGCUGAACAGCUUACCGCGUUGUCAGUAUGAAAAGAAAAAGAAAAAAAAAACUCUUGUUGAAUGAAUUCGGUCUGCAAGGUACAUUUGUUGUUAGCAGAAGCUUCCCCUUCUGUCAAAUCCAGGUAGGUGGAGGAUGAGAAAAGGAGAACAGUCCCUGUGCAAGUUUGGUUCAAUCCGAAAUGGAAGCAGAAAAAGAUCUCUUUCCCCUUAAGAUUUAUUUUCCUGUCUAAGACAUUCCAGUUUGUACAGAAACAGUAGGUAGCUCCUUGCUCGUGUGGGCAUUCACGUUCUUUGCAAUCUGAAAGCUGAACAGCUGCCAGUAAAGGGGAGGUGGGGUGGGGGGUCACGUCAUUCUAAAAAGAGGCUGCGUGAAGUAUUUGUCAACCUGUCCCUCAUUAUUUCCAGUGGACUGGAAAAUAAGUUGCCAGUCAAUGAUGCAGAGCCUGAGAUAAUGCCCGGGUUUUAAAGCGAGCUAUCUGAACCAGGUGUCUCCAUGACACUGAUGACUGAAUCACGCAACGCAGAGGGUUUUCUCAUGAAGCUCCCGCAGCAAUUUUUCAACAAGGAUCGACGGGAUUGACAUGGAAGGAAAAAGAAAAGAAAUCCACUAUUUGAGUGACACUAAAUGUAAUCCUAUUUUAUAUGUUUUCGCCCCAAUAAAAGGCAGAUUACGUGUAGUUUUGCUUACACUGUCUGACACAGAGGAUCGGCCCUUUGUAUCACACGUCUCCUCAAUGACAAGGUCAACGUGUGAGGUGCAUCAUUUCCUCUGUCAAAUAUAUUUACUUAUUCUACCAUUUUUGUUCUUUUUUUUGUUUUACAUUUAAUACAUUUUUUUGUUUUUUUUGUUUUUGUUAAGAAAGACAUAUAAAAACAUUUUCUGUAUAGGGUUUUGUAAUCUUUGCUCAUUGUUUUAUUUGAAUCUCCAUGCUGAAUAAUGGUGUUCUUAAAAGGUCUGGAAUGGAAAUGUUUACUCAGAUGUGUUUGAAGGUCUCUUAGCCACCAGGGGCAUAGUUGUACAUUUAUAGGCUCUAGAUCAUGGAAUGAUAUAUAUGGCUUCAAGUGGCAUUGAUAUAUCUAUAUAUAAUAUAUAUAAAUAUAUAUUGAUAUUUGUCCAGAAAAGAGAAAAUUCAUGUACUUUAAUUACUUUAAAGCUUACAUUGUGUAUAGCACGUAUGCAAGUCCAUUUUCAUCAUGUUUGAUGUAAUUUUGUAGCAGUGGUUUGAUACUAAUAAAUGGAAGUUGAU